AGAAAAUUCAAUCCAGCACUUCAGCAGCACUCUUGCUUGCUGUCAAUCAAAAACAAAAAAUAAAAACUUUGCUCACUUCUUUUUGUUGUCUUCUUGCAAAAUUAUUGCAAAUAAAUACUGAAUUUUUGCUCAUAACUUUUUAACAAAAUUUACAUAAAUCCCCAAACAACAAAAUGACUGAUCUUAAAGCAUCCGAAAUGGACAGUGAUUUGGAGCAAAACUACUCCCUAAAUAGCAAUGCAGACCCAAAGAAUAUGCAAGAACUAACCAUCUAUGUGCAAAAUCUUUUACAAAACGUUCAAGAUAAGUUCCAAACGAUGUCCGAUCAAAUAAUCACACGAAUCGAUGACAUGGGCAAUCGGAUAGAUGACUUGGAGAAGAGCAUUGCCGACUUGAUGAAUCAGGCCGGAGUCGAGGGACCAGAGAAUUUGUAAAGCAAAACAAAAAGCUAAGUAAUUUUAUACAAAAACAAAGCAAAAUAACGAAACAAAAAGAAUGAAAAUGUAUCAUGUUUAAACUAACCCACAACAUAAAAACCUAAAACCAAAACCCAAGGAGGGAGGGAUUGAAUUCAGAAGUUCCCUUGAUUUAUAUUAAGAACUAGAGUGGCGUGGAGCGGUGUGCCGUGCAUUGUUACGAGACACGUCGAGGAGGGAGCCACCGCGAACCAACAAGAACAACAACACCACCACCACCCACAUUAAAAUUAGUAACCGUUUUCGUUUGUGUUAUCAGCAGCGACAAGGAAAACAAGAAUGAAAUAAAAAUAAAAUAUUAGUUUAUAGAA